UUUUGAUUUUUUCACUUUUGGGAGGGCAACGUAUUAGGAAAGUUCCGGGAAAAAUAACUAAAAUUUUAAACUAGACAACAUGGAUUUAAAUGAUGCCGUAUUGACUUGUUGCAUUAACCUACAAUGGACAAAUGCCGUUGGUGUCGUGGGACGCAAGUUGGCCUAUAAAGUGGCCACGUUAAGACUGAUACGAAACGAUAUACGAGAGUUAUUCAUAGAAUUGUCUACGGAAAAGGUAAAACCUAUGAAAUUUAAAAUGAAAGACAUCAUGGUGCAUAAGAAAUUCAUGGCAGAGGGCAAGGCAUCCAUUAAUUUUAAGGCAGAGAGUUGUGCCAUGUACUUGUCGAAUGCGCCGCCUGGGACUUUAAUGUUUUUCCUACGCACAGUGUUUAUUAAAAUGAAUGGUGGUGAGAAGCAAGAUGAUGCUGCGGCACAAAAGCAAUUAAGAGCUCAUAUGUUGUCCGGAAAUCCUUGUAAAUUUGAAGAAGUCUCGCCUGUAACAACAGCGGAAAUGGUUAUGGCUCGUAAACGGGCUGGUCUGAUACCAUCAAGAGGUACAGCUACUACUCCCUCACCACUGGCAGCUAAAAAACGUCGUUAUGAUGAGAUAAAGGGAGGCAGUGAUAAGAGUGGUUUGCCGGCCCCCAAGAAACUCUACCAAGAAUCACCUAUGGUUACUGAGGAGUCGGUCAAGCUGUGUCAAGAGCAAAUGGAUGUGUUGAAGGCUUGUGUUUCGGGGAAAAAUAUAUUUUUUACUGGUUCCGCUGGUACGGGUAAAAGUUUUUUGCUGAGAAAAAUUAUUUCAGCUCUACCACCAGAUGGUACAGUGGCCACGGCUUCCACUGGUGUGGCAGCUUGUCUGAUUGGUGGUGUGACUUUGCAUGCCUUUGCUGGCAUAGGAGGUGGGGAUGCCACUUUACAACGUUGCUAUGAAUUGGCUUCACGGCCGGCCAGUGCCCAGGCUUGGCGUAAAUGCAAACGUUUGAUUAUUGAUGAAAUCUCAAUGGUGGAUGGGCAAUAUUUUGAUAAAAUUGAAGCAGUUGCCCGCCAUAUAAGACGCAAUGAUCGUCCAUUUGGCGGCAUACAACUGGUACUUUGUGGUGAUUUCCUGCAACUGCCGCCUGUUAUUAAACGCGAAGAAAAUCUCUCCAGUGGUGGCUCUCAGACACCACCCCAACGUUUCUGUUUCCAAUCGAGUGCUUGGGAAAAAUGCGUUGAGUGUGUGUAUGAACUUAAAGAGGUGCAUCGUCAGUCGGAUCCUGAAUUUAUUAAGAUUCUAAAUCAUUUACGUAUUGGUCACUGCAAUGAAGAAAUAGCUAAACGCUUAGUGGCUACAUCCAAGCAAAAAAUAGAGGCCAAUGGCAUUUUAGCCACCCAGCUGUGUUCGCACACCAACGAUGCCAAUUCCAUAAAUGAAUCGAAAUUGGAAAAUUUAGCCGGUGAUAAAGUUCUAUUUAGAGCAGAAGAUUCAGAUGCCUUAAUGACCAAACAAUUGGAUUCUCAAAUUCAGGCACCCUCUCAGUUGUAUUUGAAAAUCAAUGCUCAAGUGAUGUUGCUGAAAAACAUUAACAUUACGGCUGGCUUGGUGAAUGGGGCUCGAGGUGUUGUGGUGCGCAUUGAAAAGGGUGUGCCAGUGGUGAAAUUUAAAAAUAAUACAGAAUACAGCUGCAAACAUGAAAAAUGGAUAAUUAAAACUCCUAGCGGUGGAGCUGUGACCCGCAGACAAGUCCCUCUCAAGUUGGCCUGGGCCUUUUCCAUACACAAAUCUCAGGGUUUAACUUUGGAUUGUGUUGAAAUGUCUUUGUCUAAGGUAUUCGAAGCCGGACAGGCUUAUGUGGCCUUGUCGCGUGCCAAAUCAUUGGAUUCGGUGAGAAUUUUAGAUUUUGAUGCCAAGCAGGUUUGGGCAAAUGCCCAAGUUUUACAGUAUUAUAAGAUGUUUAGACGACGUCUGUUAGACACUACCAUGAUUCCUUUGGGUACGAAAAACAAAGAAGAACGUAAAAAGGAUGGUUCUGCCAAAGUCUCAAGUGCUUUGGCCAAACUGAAAAAGAGUCUCAUUAAUAAGCCGUUAGUUUCUAUAAGUUAAAUUUAAGAUUUUCUAGACUUAUAAUAGCACAAUUUUAUACUACUAACAAAUUUCAU